UCCUGCAUUUUCGCUGCGUCGGCAUCAUUGGUCCCGUUUGUUUGAUUCCCAUUUUCGUUUCAUUCUUGACUGGAGUAACAUUACUCAAGGCAAAACAUUUGUUUAUAGUUUCAGAGCUCAUACGUUCGGAUAAUUCCUGCUCUUUUAUUGGUCGUGCUCGUUUAUCUGCCUUCUCGCUCACUCGCACGCACGUGCUCGGUUACCUGGCACCUACCCCGUCGAACACCUACAUAGUUCACCACGCCCAGCCAGAGCGUCGAGAUGGCUCCGAAGAAGCACAGUGGUUUCAUGAUGUUCGUCAACGAGUGGCGCCAAAACAAUUCUCAAGGCAGGAACAUGACCUUGGCCCAGGCGGUAACACACUGCGGCGACAUGUGGAAGAACCUGACUAUGCAGCAGCGCGGCCCCUACAACUCGAGCGCGAAAGACGCCGAUGUGCAGGCACGCGCCACUAAGGAGCGUCUCAACUGUUGCGGCCAGGCGAUCUCGGAUGUGGACAAGGCUCAGCGGGAAAUGACCGACAGCGUCCUCCAGAUGAAGCGCACUAUCGAGCGUAUGGUUAUGGACGCAAAAAAAUCGCAUGAUUUGGAAAACACCAAGUUCGUUUUCUGCGCGUUUAACUAUUUCACCAAGGCCUUGAAAAGCGACGUCUACAUGCCGGCCGAGUUUGCCGCAUGCGAGUACUCCCUCAAGGAGGGUAUAAUGUCAGUUUACAGCACUUUAAUAGAUCCGGGUCACAUCAUUUUCGGGCAGGCCAGUGACGCCCAGCAACAUGCAUCGACUACUCACGGCCUACCACUUCCUCCCAAGGCGUUGGGGGAAAAGAACAUGGAGAAGCUAUAUAGCCAAAUCGUUGCAUAUUUGACCAAGUGCCAUGGCAAUAAGCCGCUAAUUGUGUUCACCCCCACGGAAAAUAUGGCAGUGGUCAAGUCGUGCAUGAGAUUCUUGGCUUGCGAAAGUGACAAGGAUGCUCUGGACGGCUUGAACAAAAUUAUAGUGUAUGACAUCCAGUACUUGUUCUUAGUUCUGAAGAAGGAAGUGUUGAGCAUAGCCGGGCUGCCAGAUGACAAAAUCAACAUAUAUGUGACUGAUACCAUUUUCCUUAGGGAUUUUUUUGAAUUUACACCUGAAAUAGCUUGCCAGUUUCACGAGGUAAACGACCGCGCCAAGUACUGCACCCAGAGCAUGGUGAAGCGCUGGUGCUUCAUCUUCAGCGAUUAUAUGUGCGGGGAUCUGGCCAUCACCGUCAAGCCAGGGAAGCAUAUUCCGCCCAAGACUCGGCCCAACUACAAGGUCAUUCCAGCAGACGGCUCGUCGCUCUCCCGAGAGUCGUCGUUUGACUCGUUCUACUCCCUUCCAGGCUCACGAUCCACGCAGGGAGACAAAAACCGAAACGCCUCUCCCACCGGCAGUCAGCGUUCCACUGCAUCAGCUUACGUACCCACGGACCACACCGUCUUUGCCAGCGGGUUAAAUGAAGGAACUGAAUUUCCAAGCCUCGGCGAUCGUCGUCCUAAAGGGCGCCGUGCUCCAGCCGGUGGUGCUGGUCAGCGGGAGUUGGGUGCCUGGAAUCUGCCAGCGCCCUCGCGCACACUCAACGAGUUCUCGGACGAUGAUUUUAGCGUAGUUGGCGCUGGCAAUCGGAACCGUCACUAGUUUGCAUAGCCAAUCUCUUCCUUAUUAUAAAACUGUAUUAACCCACUUGGAAAAUUUGAAGAAUCUCAAAAUAUUUUUGUUAACUUGGAGAGCAAGACUUCCUUACCAAUGUAAAAGAGAAUAAAAUCAAUGCAGUUUUCAGCACAGCAUUUAGAACUUAA